AAUGUGCCACGUUUAUAUGUAACUUAAGUGUUCUAUUUUAAUGCUGAUGGCUCUUGGGCGAUACUCGUGAAAAUGAGUCAUUUGACAAGUGGAGCAUUUUUAACCAAAAUCUUUUCAAAUUUCUGCCAUACACAAGAGCUCUUCAGCGCUACAGCCAGUAGCAACAGCCAGAGUACCCUCAAAAAAAAAAGAGAGAGAGAGAGAGAGAGAGCAAGCGCUACCACUGAGAGUGUUAGAAGAGGUGGCGAGUUUCAGAAAGCAAAGAGAGAGAGACAGAAAGCGAGGAAAUGAACGGACAUGUGUGUGCGUGAGACCCAGUGAGAGUGAACCAGUGCGUACCAAAGCUAACAUCACUUUGCCUUUUUCCCCCCCUCAUUGUCCUCCCGACCUGAUCCUUCCUCCAGGAUCCGAUGAUCACAGGGCAGCUGAGCAAACCGCUGCUCCCCCUGCGUGCCGAUAUGGACGCCUGCGAGCUGCGGGAUGACGACACAGCGGCCAGCCCGGACAGCGAUCUCAACGAUGAGCCCUUGCUCCUGUCAGCUGACACAGACUCGGAAGAGAAGAUGUAUGGUGUUCGAGUUGGUUCAGUUCAGUCUGAUGCCAGCAGCAGUCCCACAGAACAUGGUCAUAUGGGUCAAUCUCAUCCCACGUACCCCAUUGGACCACAGUCUCUACUGGUUGCUCAGCAGCUGGCGUCGGCAGUUAGCGGAGUGAUGUCCGGUGGAGCUCCGGGUCUGAAUCAGCCCAUUCUGAUUCCCUUUAACGCUGGUGGGCAUCUGGGUGGACAGCAGGGCCUGGUACUCUCUCUGCCCACUGCUGCCAACAUACAGGGCCUGGUGGCCGCUGCUGCUGCGGGUGGCAUCAUGACACUCCCUCUACAGAAUCUGCAAGCUACCUCAUCCCUAAACUCUCAGCUCCAGCAUCUCCAACAGCUCCAACAGCUCCAACAUCACCAGCAACAGCAUCAUCAUCAUCAACAGCAGCAGCAACAACAACAACAGAGAGAGCGAGAGCGAGAAAGAGAACAGCGUGAAAGAGAACAACAACAACGAGAACGGGAGCAGCACCAACAUCUCUGUGGCCCAACGCAUCUCCAGCCACCCAGCCAUCAUGAGCUCACUCCUCCGAUCCAAUCACAAGCGUCUGGACCUUCUCCGGGCUCCGCCUCCACCUGUACCACCUCUAAUCAUAGCUCAGCCCAGCCUCCCCAGUCUCCGCCCCCUCACAGGCAAAACCAAUCACCAGCUCGCAGCUUGCCAUCACCUGUUACGCCUCCUCUACCACUACAGCUCAACCCUCUGGCCAGUCAGGCAGCGGUUGCCGCGGCAGCAGCGAUGGGUUCAAUUGCCGGGUCACAGGUGUUUGGGAAUGCUCUCUCCGGUCUGCAGGGGGUCACUGGACAACUAGUCACCAAUGCACAAGGACAGAUCAUCGGUACGAUCCCUCUGAUGCCAAACUCUGUAGGACCUUCCAGCCAAUCUGGGGGUGGCACUCCCUCCCUGCAGGUCCAGCCAAUCACACCACAGCUGCUGACCAAUGCACAGGGUCAGAUUAUAGCCACUGUGAUUGGCAACCAGAUCCUGCCAGUGAUCAACACCCAGGGAAUCACACUGUCACCCAUUAAACCUGGACAGCAGCUGCCACAGACCGGCCAGACUUCACAGGCUCCUCCCGUGUCUCAGCCAAACCUGCUCCGCAUGCCCCACAGCCAGAGCCCUCUCCGCCAGGCCUCUUCCUCCUCCUCAACAUCAUCAUCCUCAUCCUCGGCCCUCAGCGUCGGCCAGCUAGUCAACAACCCGCAGACUGCACCCAGUGAGGUGGAUGGUGUAAACCUGGAGGAGAUUCGAGAAUUCGCCAAAGCGUUUAAGAUUCGCCGGCUGUCUCUGGGUCUGACUCAAACUCAGGUGGGACAGGCUCUCAGUGCAACUGAAGGACCAGCCUACAGCCAGUCUGCCAUCUGCAGACACACCAUCCUGAGAAGCCACUUUUUCCUACCACAGGAAGCCCAAGAGAACACUAUAGCUAGCAGUCUGACAGGCAAACUGAACCCUGGCCUUUUAUAUCCUGCCAGGUUCGAGAAGUUGGACAUCACCCCAAAAAGCGCCCAGAAGAUUAAGCCCGUGCUGGAGCGCUGGAUGGCCGAGGCGGAAGCCCGCCAUCGCUCCGGUAUGCAGAACCUGACCGAGUUUAUCGGCAGCGAGCCCUCCAAAAAGCGCAAGCGGCGGACCUCUUUCACGCCGCAGGCUCUGGAAAUCCUCAACAGCCACUUCGAGAAGAAUACCCACCCCUCCGGUCAGGAGAUGACCGAAAUCGCAGAGAAACUGAACUAUGAUCGCGAGGUGGUGCGCGUCUGGUUCUGCAAUAAGAGGCAAGCGUUGAAAAACACUAUUAAGAGGCUGAAACCGCCCGAGCUCGGGCCGAUCGCGCCAAUGGACCCUCUGGUCGACAAUAUGGAAGAACAUCCUUAGCUCGACGAGGCGGAACACGCACCGAUGGCGAAACAUCUGAUGUUGCGGACUUAAACCCGGACGAUUAGCAUCCGACGCGGAUGAACUGUCGACAAAGACAAAAAGAAAUAUUGUCAGUGUUAUCAUCACAAAAAGCAAAAACCAAAAAAGUCAAGAAAAAAGAGAGUUAAAGUACCGAUUCAUUAGCAGUGUGAACAAGGAUCAUGUUUAAAUCAAGGAUGGUGAAGAAACUACUUACCAAAGUUUGUUGCAUCUGAUUCCUGAGGUUUUUUAAUUGUAAAUGUGUUUUACAUUUUUACAUUUUUACGGGGGGAAAAUGGCAAAAAAAAAAAAAAAAAAAAAAGGAGAAGAAAGAAAAUAAUUUGUGUGAUGGGGUUGGUCGAUGUGACUUUGAAUCUUUGUGUUAUUUUAUCUCUUGGGUUUUUAUGUAAAUAUUUCUGUCACUAAAUUGACAUCACAAGAUCCAAAAAAAUAUCUUUGAGAAGUUUAUUGUCACGUUUCUGCUGUCCAUAGAAGGCCAUCGUCAACCGUGUCAUCUCACUCUGUUUAUAAACAUUAAGGCAUCCGUCAUAAAAGACUGCACUUGGGAGGAAUAUUUUGCAAAGAGAUUCUCAGUGAACAUACCAUAGAUAUCCACAUUCGUUGCAGCUGUGAUUAAAGCUAUUUUACGGUGUUGCCAAAGCCUCCUAGCCAAAGAACAAGGACAUUGUGUCAUACCUUGGCCUGAACCCUUCUCAAACCAUUUUAUUCAUGUGAUUGGAUGUUUUUAUUUUUUGUCACUCAACUGAAAAAAAAAAUUAUAUAUAUAUAUGAGAUGAAUUACUUUAUUUCACUUGGGUUAUGCAAGUUAUCUUUUGUCUUUUACAUUUUUUUUUUUGGUGCUUAAGGUGCUUUUUUUUUUGGCAAAAACUCAAUUGUGUCAGUCAGAAAGACUUGCUCAGAUGGAAGAAAGGACUGUAAAAAUGCUCAUUUUUGAUGUAAGCCAAACAUUUUACUGAGUAUAAACCUUAAAGGAACAUUCCGACUUUUUUGUCUUUAGCGUAUUCACUGUAUCCCCCAGAGUUAGAUAAGUCCAUACAUACCUUUUUCAU